AUGCCUGGCCUGCUGAACCGUAUCACAGGGGCAGCCCUGCCCCUCACCGCAUCUGAUGUCACCUCCUUCGUCAGUGGUUACGCCCUGGGCCUGACUGCUUCCCUCACCUAUGGCAAUCUGGAGGCUCAGCCUUUCCAGGGCCUGUUCGUGUAUCCCCUGGAUGAGCAGACCACAGUGAUCGGCUUUGAGGCAGUCAUUGCUGACCGCAUAGUAACUGUGCAGAUCAAGGAUAAAGCCAAGCUGGAGACAAGCCACUUGGAAGUCUCUCGUGUCCGACCUGCAACUAUCUCACGAAGCACACUGCAAGAAGGGGUCUCUAUCUCCCCUCAUUCCUGCACCCCGGGAAAGGUGGCUUUGGAUGAGGAUUUGGAGCGGAUUCUGUUUGUGGUCAACCUGGGGACCAUCGCCCCCAUGGAGAAUGUCACCAUCUUCAUCAGCACCUCCUCAGAGCUCCCAACACUGCCCAGCGGCGCUGUGAGGGUUCUUCUGCCAGCUGUCUGCGCCCCAACCGUGCCUCAGUUCUGUACCCAGAGUACCAGCCCAUCCCACCAGCAGACCCAGAGCAAAGAUCGACACUGCUUUGGCAACCGGGCUGUGGACUCUUGGAACAGGCUGUGCCUGGCGACACUCCUGGACACGGAGGUGUCCAAUCCCAUGGAGUAUGACUUCAACUUCCAGCUGGAGAUCCGUGGGCCCUGUCUUCUUGCAGGAGUGGAGAGUCCCACACAUGAGAUCCGCGCCGAUGCCGCCCCAUCUGCCCGCUCUGCCAAAAGCAUCAUCAUCACCUUGGCCAACAAGCACACCUUUGACCGGCCAGUGGAGAUCCUCGUCCACCCCAGCGAACCUCACAUGCCACAUGUCCUGAUGGAGAAGGGGGACAUGACCCUGGGAGAGUUUGACCAGCAUUUGAAGGGAAGAAUGGAUUUCAUCAGAGGGACGAGGAAGGACAACAGUGCAGAGCGGAAGUCAGAAAUCAUCCGGAAACGCCUCCAUAAAGACAUCCCUCACCAUUCUGUCAUCAUGCUCAACUUUUGUCCUGACCUCCAGUCUGUGCAGCCCAACCUGAGAAAGACCCACGGCGAGUUCAUCUUCCUCAUCGACAGGAGUGGCAGCAUGAGUGGGACCAAUAUCCACCGUGUCAAGGAUGCCAUGCUCGUGGCCCUUAAGAGCCUCAUGCCAGCCUGCCUCUUCAACAUCAUCGGCUUUGGAUCCACGUUUAAGACUCUCUUCCCUUCCAGCCAGACCUACAGUGAGGAGAGCUUAGCCAUGGCCUGUGAUAACAUCCAGAAAAUGCGAGCCGACAUGGGGGGCACCAACAUCCUCUCCCCUCUCAAGUGGAUUGUGCGGCAGCCAGUGCACCAGGGCCACCCGCGCCUCCUCUUCCUCAUCACCGAUGGUGCUGUGGGCAACACAGGGAAGGUGCUGGAGCUGGUGCGGAACCACGCCUUCUCUACCAGGUGCUAUAGCUUUGGAAUUGGACCCAAUGUGUGCCAUCGACUGGUGAAAGGGCUGGCAUCUGUGUCCAAGGGCAGUGCUGAGUUCCUGGCAGAGGGAGAGCGCCUGCAACCCAAGAUGGUCAAAUCCCUAAAGAAGGCCAUGGCGCCAGUGCUGAGCGAUGUGAGCGUGGAGUGGAUUUUCCCUGAAACAGCAGAGGUCCUGAUCUCACCUGUCAGCACCAGCUCCCUCUUCCCAGGAGAGCGUCUGGUGGGAUACGGCAUUGUGUGUGAUGCCUCCUUGUACGUCUCCAAUCUCAGAUCUGACAAGAGGCGAAAAUACAGCAUGCUACAAUCUCAGGAAUCUGGCAGCUCUGUGUUCUACCAGUCUCAGGAUGAAGGGGCUGGCCCAGACAGUGGGGACAGUGCUAAGAGCUUGGGGGCGUCUUUCAACCUGGGGCAAGCCAAAGACGGCCAGAUACUCAGUGGAGAUUCGACCAGCAAUCACGGACCGGAACUCCAGCGACGGCGAGCAUACAGCACCAAUCAGAUCACCAACCACAAGCCCCGCUCAAGGGCCACCACAUCCAGUGACUCCACCAUGACUGCCAAGAAACACCCAUUGCGUAAAGCCAGGCUGCAGGAACUCACCAGCCAGCCCAGCCUGGAUGGCCCUCGGUGGCACCUUGACUUGCAGCCCUUGGUUAACAAUGGCCAAGACUUACUGCAGGGCCCCAAACUCCGUGGCCCGGGAGCCCGAAGGCCCUCUCUGCUACCUCAAGGCUGCCAGCCUAUGUUGGUCUCUGGCCAGGAAACCCAGGCCUGGAGCUCCAUGAAGGAGCAGGAACCUGAGUCCACCCUGAAGCCUGCCAUGGACAGUAGCAGCACUGGGGACGCUGAACCACCUCCUCCCUCCCCCGCCGUAGGGGUAGAAACAUCCCCAGACUGGGAGGCCAUGGCUGAGCCCGAAGAGAGGCCCAUCACACCGGGCCCCGUGCUGGGCAAGGCUUUGGUCAAAGGCCUCCGGGAAAGCCAACGCAUGGAGUGGGAGGUAAGCUUUGAGCUGGGACCCCCGAGUCCUGAGCGAGGCACUGCGCGGGACACCGACCUGUGGAGCGAGACCUUCCACCACCUGGCAGCCCGCGCCAUCAUCCGCGACUUUGAGCAGCUAGCAGAGCGUGAGGACGAGAUCGAGCAAGGGUCCAAUCGCCGCUACCAGGUGAAUGCUGUGCACACCAGCAAGGCCUGCAACAUCAUCAGCAAGUACACAGCCUUCGUGCCUGUGGAUACAAGCAAAAGCCGCUACCUGCCCAUGGUGGUGGAGUACCCCAAUUCUGGUACCUCGUUUCGGAUGAUCAGCUCCCGGGUCCUCACCCGACAGUGGAGGAAUGCCUCUACUGGCUUUGGACGGUCCCAAGCUAUGCUCAGAGAAGACCCAGCCUCCGGAGAUGGCAUGGAGGAAAGCCCAGCAGUGACCUUCAACGAGGUCCUGUCCUCUGCCCGGGAGAAGCACGCGGCCUCCGAAGGUCCCCUGCACAGCCUGCCCAGCAAUGUCAUGCCCUCCAUGAAGGUCUCAGAGAAUCUCUUUGGAUCCAAGCUGACUCUUCCCAAGUCCCGGCUAUUGACCCGAGCAGCCAAGGGCUUCCUGGGCAAGUCACUGGUCAAGGCUCCAGAGUCACCUACUGGGAACCAGAACUUCGACUAUAUACCCCUGGUAUCGCUGCAGCUGGCCUCCGGCGCUUUCCUACUCAACCAAGCCUUCUGCGAGGCCAUCCACAUCCCCAUGGAGAAACUCAAGUGGACCUCCCCUUUUACCUACCACCGGAUGUCCCUCACCACACGCCAGUCUGAUCCUAAGACCCCCAACCCACAGCUGUGCAUCCUCCCUACACCCCGCCACACAUCUGGUGACAGCAGCUGCCUAGAGCCUUCAGCUGAUGGCAGGCCAGGCUUGGAGCCCAAGUCUCUGGUGGAGCACACCGGCAAGAUGUGGGCCACCGUGGUGGCACUGGCCUGGCUGGAGCACAGCUCAGCCUCCUACUUUAUUGAAUGGGAGCUGGUGGCAGCCAAGGCCAACUCAUGGCUGGAGCAGCAGGAGGUACCCGAGGGCCGCACACGGGGCACACUCAAGGCCGCUGCCCGCCAGCUGUUCGUGCUCCUGCGACACUGGGACGAGAGCUUGGAAUUCAACAUGCUCUGCUAUAAUCCCAAUUAUGUGUAA